CUCCAGUUGCUGUGGUAUCCAGGGAGCCCUCCUCCUUCUGCGGGAGAUGCACGCUGGUCGUUGCUAAGGUCGCCUCCGCGGUAACAUGCACAUCCUGUUUACACCUUUAUCCGGAGAAGUUGGGCUCGGAUAGAGGCACCCGCUUCACCCGGGCAGCCCCCAGGGAAGGGGCCGCACCGAGCAUCCCCCCACCGGACCCUCGAGGGAGGGCGUUGCAGGAGCUGCCAGCCGGCGUCGCUGCCGCUGCGCCGGCAAGAUGACGAACAACAUGGCCGACCACCACCCCGGGAACUCAGUUGCUGAAGGCAACCAUGAGGGGGACUUUGGUUGCUCCAUGGUGGAGCUCAGGAACCUCAUGGAGCUGAGGAGCGCCGAGGCGGUCGCCCGGCUCAAUGACUCCUACGGCGGCGUGCAGAAUGUUUGCAAGAGGUUGAAGACGUCACCAGUUGAAGGUCUGUCUGGGAACCCGACCGACCUGGAGAAGAGGCGGCAGGUCUUCGGCCAGAACUUCAUUCCUCCCAAAAAGGCCAAGACGUUCCUGCAGUUAGUGUGGGAGGCACUCCAGGACGUCACGCUGAUCAUCUUGGAAAUCGCAGCCAUAAUCUCCUUGGGCCUCUCCUUCUACCACCCUCCGGGUGGGGACAAUGAAUGUGAGUCCCUGGGGUCCCCAUGGCAUGUAAUUCAGAUCCCAGUGGCCGAGAUCGUGGUGGGAGACAUCGCGCAGAUCAAGUACGGUGAUCUCUUGCCAGCAGAUGGGAUCUUGAUCCAGGGCAAUGACCUGAAAAUAGAUGAGAGCUCGCUGACCGGGGAGUCAGACCAAGUCAAGAAAUCGCUGGAUAAAGACCCCAUGCUGCUGUCAGGUACCCAUGUGAUGGAGGGCUCCGGCAGGAUGGUGGUGACUGCCGUGGGUAUCAACUCCCAGACGGGAAUCAUCUUCACUCUCUUGGGUGCGGGAGAAGGAGACGAGGAAAAGAAGGUGAAGAAAGGUAAAAAAACCGGAGCCCCUGAAAAUCGCAACAAAGCUAAAACUCAGGAUGGUGUGGCCUUAGAGAUCCAGCCCCUGAAGAGCCAGGAAGGGGUGGAAAAUGAGGAGAAGGAGAAGAAGAAGGUGAAGGUGCCCAAGAAGGAGAAGUCUGUGCUGCAAGGGAAGCUCACACGCCUGGCAGUCCAGAUCGGGAAGGCGGGGCUGAUCAUGUCGGCCAUCACAGUCAUCAUCUUGGUGCUGUACUUCGUGAUUGACACAUUUGGGGUGCAGGGGCGGCCCUGGCUGGCAGAGUGCACCCCCAUUUACAUCCAGUACUUUGUCAAAUUCUUCAUCAUCGGUGUCACAGUGUUGGUGGUGGCAGUGCCUGAAGGGCUCCCACUGGCGGUCACCAUCUCCCUGGCUUACUCUGUGAAGAAAAUGAUGAAGGACAACAACCUUGUGAGACACCUGGACGCGUGUGAGACCAUGGGCAAUGCCACCGCCAUCUGCUCAGACAAGACGGGCACGCUCACCAUGAACCGCAUGACUGUGGUGCAGGCCUACGUGGGGGAUACCCACUACCGCCAGAUCCCUGACCCUGAAGCCAUCCUGCCCAAGAUCCUGGACCUCAUAGUCAAUGGUGUUGCCAUCAACUCUGCCUACACAUCCAAGAUCCUGCCACCCGAGAAGGAAGGGGGCCUACCCCGGCAGGUGGGGAACAAGACCGAGUGCGCCCUGCUGGGUUUUGUGUUGGACUUGAAGCAGGAUUACCAGGCUGUGCGGAAUGAAGUGCCAGAGGAGAAGCUCUACAAGGUCUACACCUUCAACUCGGUGCGCAAGUCCAUGAGCACGGUGCUGAAGAACAGCAACGGCAGCUUCCGCAUGUACAGCAAGGGAGCCUCCGAGAUCAUCCUCCGCAAGUGCACCAAGAUCCUGGACAAGAACGGAGACCCUCGGGUGUUCAAGGUGAAGGACCGGGAUGAGAUGGUGAAGAAGGUGAUAGAGCCCAUGGCCUGCCACGGGCUGCGGACCAUCUGCCUGGCCUUCCGUGACUUCCCCGCUGACGCUGAGCCGGACUGGGACAGCGAGAACGAGAUCCUGUCUGACCUGACCUGCAUCGCUGUGGUUGGGAUAGAGGACCCUGUGCGGCCAGAGGUGCCGGACGCCAUCCUGAAGUGCCAGCGUGCAGGGAUCACCGUCCGGAUGGUGACAGGGGACAAUAUCAACACCGCCCGUGCCAUCGCCACCAAGUGUGGCAUCCUGCUGCCAGGGGAGGACUUCUUGUGCCUGGAGGGGAAGGAGUUCAACCGGCUCAUCCGCAAUGAGAAGGGAGAGGUGGAGCAGGAGCAGCUGGAUAAAUUGCGUGUGCUGGCCCCCUCUUCCCCGACAGACAAGCACACACUCGUGAAAGGAAUUAUUGACAGCACCGUUGGUGACCAGAGGCAGGUGGUGGCUGUGACUGGGGAUGGGACCAACGAUGGCCCAGCGUUGAAGAAAGCCGACGUUGGGUUUGCCAUGGGCAUCGCAGGCACAGAUGUGGCAAAGGAGGCUUCGGACAUCAUCCUGACGGAUGACAACUUCACCAGCAUCGUCAAGGCGGUGAUGUGGGGACGCAACGUCUACGACAGCAUCUCCAAGUUCCUGCAGUUCCAGCUGACCGUUAACAUCGUGGCCGUCAUCGUGGCCUUCACGGGCGCCUGCAUCACGCAGGACUCUCCCCUGAAGGCUGUCCAGAUGCUGUGGGUGAACCUGAUCAUGGACACCUUCGCCUCCUUAGCCCUGGCCACAGAGCCCCCGUCUGAGUCCCUGCUGCUGCGCAAGCCAUACGGCCGCAACAAGCCGCUCAUCUCCCGCACCAUGAUGAAGAACAUCCUGGGGCACGCGGUGUACCAGCUAACUAUCAUUUUCACACUGCUUUUUGCAGGGGAGAAGUUUUUUGAUAUCGACAGCGGCCGGAACGCUCCGCUGCACUCCCCACCAACCGAGCACUACACCAUCGUCUUCAACACCUUUGUCAUGAUGCAACUGUUCAACGAGAUCAAUGCGCGCAAGAUCCACGGGGAGAGGAACGUCUUCGAGUCCAUCUACCGCAACCCUAUCUUCUGCACGGUGGUGCUGGGGACGUUUGCAGCUCAGAUCAUCAUCGUGGAGUUUGGUGGAAAGCCGUUCAGCUGCUCUGGGCUCACCCUGAGCCAGUGGUUCUGGUGUAUUUUUAUCGGAGUGGGAGAGCUCCUCUGGGGCCAGCUGAUCUGCACUGUCCCAACCAGCCACCUGAAGUUCCUGAAGGAAGCUGGGCACGGCAUCACCAAGGAGGAGAUCCCAGAGGAGGAGCUGCCCGAAGACGUGGAUGAGAUCGACCAUGCUGAAAUGGAGCUGCGGCGCGGGCAGAUCCUGUGGUUCAGGGGUCUCAACAGGAUACAGACGCAGAUCAAAGUGGUGAAUGCGUUCCGUAGCUCCUUGUACGAAGGCCUCGAGAAACCCGAAUCCAGAAGCUCCAUCCAUAACUUCAUGACUCACCCAGAGUUCAUCCUGGAGGAAGAUGAGCCUCGAACACCAUUCCUUGACAGCGCUGAAGACGACCCCGAGACUGACGGACUCAAAAAGCGAGGUGGGGGUAGCCUGGGUGGAUCUACAUCCCUCAACAGAAAUAACAAUGCAGUGGACAGCGAUCAAGCUGAGGUCACCGUCCCGGAGCCCGAAAGCCCCUUACACAGCUUGGAGACAUCAGUUUGACCUUAGAACUUCGACCCCCCCCUCCUCCUCCACCUUCGCCCCUCGCCCUGUGUGAUAUUGGCACCAGUAACUGAUCACACACUGCGGUCACUUCGUGUCAAACUGCUCAUACGUAUAUCAUUUUGGUGGUUUGUUUUUGGGGUUUUUGGUUUUGGGUUGUUGGUU